UAUGACAUUUGAAUUUCAACAAUCAGUGCGUCGCUUCACAUUUUAAACAAUUAAAGGAUUUGUGUGUGUCCUGGGUGUUUCCUGUGCUACCUGUGGUUGAACACAGAUUCAUUACGACUCUAAGCAGCAGGCAGACGUUAUCUCAAGAUGCAGAGUUUUGACGGGCUGAGCAAAGACACUUUGAAAGAGAUGUUUUCCUCUCGAGUGGCGCAAUUCAAAAUCGUCAAGGGACCCAAUGGACAUCAAUUGUCAAGUAAAUGCCAGGAGGAUAUAAAGAAAAGGUUGCCUGCGGCAUCAUACGAGAACGUAAUGGCGUGGGUUGGUUCCUGGAUAGCACGUCUCAAUGGGCAGACAGCACCGAAGCAGGCGGACCAGCAAUCAGCAGCAGAAACGGACGCAAAACAAUCUCCGCCUUUUGUCAUUGAUCUCUGCAGCGACGAAGAUGAGGAUAAAGACGCAAGCGCAGAGACAGAUGCAGAGACAGAUUCAAGUGCAGAUGGAGAGACGUGCCAGAUUCUAGACAGUUUGCUGGCCAGCGAAUCUAGCCUGUCAAAACCAUGCUCGUUGAUCAUCCACGAUGACGAGCUGGGCGACAUUAAUCUUCAGGACUACGAGGACCACAUUGAUGGCAAGCUGGAUGUGGAAACCCUGAAGAAGCGUGCCAUAAAGCAACCGAUUGAGAAAAGAGUGAGCCAGACCGCAACGAAACAGUUUCCCAGCAAAUUAAAGGGUCGAACUUAUCAAGCAAAGCUAAAGCAAAGAGUGGGACAGAACAAGAUCAGCAUUGGCAAGGCACUAGAGAAGUCUUUGUCAGAAGUACGCGAGGACCGAUUUCAGCUGAAAAGCAGUGAUGGCAAGGCAGCAGAGGAGACCAUCACAGGAGUACCCACGGACCGAUUUCAGCUGAAAAGCAAUGAUAGCGGGAUGACCACUGGCAAGGCAGCAGAGGAACCCCUACCAGGAGUGCGCUCGGACCGAUUGCAGCUGAAAAGCAAUGAUGCCAAGAAGAUCACUGCCAAGGCAGCAGAGAAGACCAACAAGAACCGACUGCAGCUGCAACCAAACAACGACAAGAUAACCAUCAGCUCUGACAAGGCAGCAGAGGAGCUCCUCAUAAUAAUCCAUGACAACCCCAAGCAAUCUAUGCCGAAACCCUGCUUCGCCAGGAUGACCGUCAGCCCAGACCUGCCACCAGAGCAGCCCACCAAGACAGACCAUAAGAGCAUUGCUACACCGAAACACAACAUAGAAGAGAUCACCAUUAGCCCUGAAAGGGAACAAGCUAAGCCUACCAUAAGAGUACGCAGUGACCUAAAACCAAGAAGCAGUGUCCCAGCUCCACUUGUAACUACUUCACCUGUCGAAUCUCCAGACUCCACAUGCUUGGCUGGCAAUGGGAAGCGAAAGGAGUGCGACACAACGACAGAAGACGGACAGAGCCUGGCCAAAAGGCCAAACCUUGUGUUGGAGCGUACCAAUCCAUUGGUGUAUCUGCAAUUGCCCACCGUCCAGCUGCUGCUGGACCAGGUGAAACACUUUGCGAUUGGCCAACGGAAUGCCCAGGCGGUGAGUCUCAUUUUCAGGCUGCGUCAAAGCCUACAGGCAACAGAGCAACAGAUCUGGAAUGCACAGAAUCUACGCCAAGCAUAGCCCGAGAGACCCCUGAGAGGAAGUAUUAGAAUGCUAGUUAGUACGUGCUUAGCCUACGAUGUUUAUUUGUAGAGAAUAAGACUACGCCAUAUGUGCCCAAAAGUUGGAUAGGCCUAAGGCUUUCGUUUUGGAGAGACACUCUUUUUGAGGCUUGUUAUAUAUAUAUUAUAUACCUAAAUAAUAUAUUAUUGGUACAUGUUUAUCAUCUUUAUUGUAGACAUCUUUACAUGUCACUUUUCGCUCUUUUUGUAUUUAUGUACAUCACUUUUUUGCACUCAUUUGUAUAGUUUGUAAUAUUUUGUAGCUCUCAUUCGACACUUGCGAAUUGAAGUACAGUCAGAAUACAACACCUGCGAACCCAAGUAAUAAAAGAAAACCCUUAACGAAGUGAAA